CCUCUGAAACGGGAAAUAGAAAACUCCCCUUUCUCAGUAGUGUUUGCCAUCUCUCGGAGCUUCACCAUGGGCUCAGCCACUGGAGACCCUCACAUCCUCUUCUUCCCCUUCUUGGCCCCGGGCCACAUCAUCCCCGCCGUCGACUUGGCCAAGCUGUUCGCCUCCCGCGGCGUGAAAACCACCGUCAUCACCACCCCGGGCAACGCCCCCUCCAUCCAGCCCUCCAUCGACCAAGCCAAUGACUCCUGUUCCCUCCGCCACCCCAUCGCCCUCUCCCUCCUCCCCUUCCCCGCCGCCGAGGCCGGCCUCCCCGCCGGCUGCGAGAACCCGAUCGCCAUCCCCCUCACGAACCUCGACAUGCGGGCCAGAUUCGUGGCUGCAAUCGAGCUCCUCCAACAGCCGUUCGCCCGACUCCUCAGAGAGUUACUCCCCGACGCGGUCGUCACCGACUUCUUACUUCCCUGGACACAAGACGUCGCCGCCGAGCUUGCCGUGCCGCGCCUCGUGUUCCAUGGUACCAGUCUCUUCUUCCUCUGCGCCUCCCACAGCAUAGACCGCUUCAAAGUCCUGGAGUCCGUCCCGCCCGGCAGCGCCGAGUCCUUUGUCCUUCACGGCCUCCCCCACCGGAUCGAGAUGCGGAGAUCCCAAAUCCAGGACUUCAGCAAGAUGCCCGGAAUUAUGGAGUUUUACGACCGGUGCAAGAAUUCUGAGGAGCGGAGCUACGGCGUGGUGGCCAAUAGCUACUACGAGCUAGAGCCAGAUUACGCCGAACACUAUAGAAAGGUGGUGGGUAGAAGGGUGUGGAACGUCGGUCCGGUGUCGUUCUGCAACGGAAAUGAGAUCGAGAAGUCUCGAAGGGGAGAUAAGACCUCCAUCGAUUGCAACCAGUGCUUGAGCUGGUUAAACACCAAGAAGCCGGGCUCGGUGGUCUACGUUUGUUUUGGGAGCAUGUACAAAUUACCCAUAGCUCAAAUCAGAGAGAUUGCUUUGGGUCUCGAGGCCUUGGACACACCGUUUAUUUUGGUGGUGAGAGAUGUUCGUGGAAAUGACUCGGACUGGCUGCCGCAAGGGUUCGAGGACGAAGUGGCGGGAAGGGAGAAGGGACUGAUCAUUAGAGGAUGGGCGCCGCAGAUACUCAUAUUGAAUCAUGAGGCUGUUGGGGGAUUUGUGACGCACUGUGGGUGGAAUUCUUGCUUGGAGGGUGUGAGUGCCGGGGUGCCGAUGAUCACCUGGCCGAUGUACGCCGAGCAGUUUUUUAACGAGAGGUUGAUAGUGGAGGUGUUGAAGGUUGGGGUUGGGGUCGGAGUGAAGGAGUACGCAGAUCUUGGUGAGGAAAGGAGGGUGGUGGCAGGGGAGGAGAUAAGGAUGGCGGUGGGGAGGGUGAUGGACGGGGGAGAAGAGGCUGAGGAGAUGAGGAGGAGGGCGAGGGAGCUUGCAGAGAUGGCAAGGAGAGCGGUGGAGGAGGGUGGCUCGUCUUAUGUCGAGCUGGGGGAGCUUAUCCAGGAGCUGAUUGAGAGGAGAAAGACGGCUGGGACAGAAUAGAUGGGUUCUAAGGAGCGAAACGAAUUUUGCAUUUGUUCUUGGAUAUGGAUAUGUUUGUCUUGGACAGGAGACGGAAUGCUUGGAUUCUCAACAUAUUGUUUGCUCAGAACUAGCACUCAACAAAUCGAUCGAGUGGGCAGGAGAAGCAGGUGAUCUCAAUCUUGUUAAGUAUUUUCGUUGUUCGUAGUUUGCUCUGUAAUUUCUCAUGGAAGAGGGGAAAUUGGCUACCAAGGAAUAAGCUUGUGCCCAACGGCAUAUUAGUCGGAAAAAACGAUUUAGUUCACCAAAUACUGCGAUCACAAUAUAUGGCUGACGUUGAGAUAAAGACGUGGAUUAAAAUUAUAAAACUCCAUUUCGAACACAGCUAUAUAUCUCAUGUUUGGCA